AUGAAGAGGGAGAACCAGAGCAGUGUGUCCAAGUUCUUGCUUCUGGGGCUCCCCAUCUGGCCUGAGCAGCAGGACAUGUUCUUUUCUCUGUUCCUGGGCAUGUACCUGACCACGGUCCUGGGGAACCUGCUCAUCAUCCUGCUCAUCAGGCUGGACCCUCGCCUCCACACCCCCAUGUACUUCUUCCUCAGCCACCUGGCCUUAUCUGAUGUUUGCUUUUCAUCAGUUACUGUCCCUAAGAUGCUGACAAACAUGCAGACUCAGGAUCAAUCCAUCUCCUAUGCAGAGUGCAUAGCACAGAUGUAUUUUUUCAUAUUUUUUACUGUUCUGGACAAUUUCCUUCUCACAUCAAUGGCCUAUGACAGGUACGUGGCCAUCUGUCACCCUCUCCACUACACCAACGUCAUGAGAGAGGGAAUAUGUACCUUACUAGUAACAGUAUCUUGGCUUCUCUCCUGUGGCGAUGCACUUUGUCAAACCCUCCUCCUGACCCAGCUGUCCUUUUGUGAUGAUAACACCAUUCCCCAUUUCUUCUGUGACCUUGAUGUCCUGCUCAAGCUCUCCUGCUCAGACACCUCCCUCAAUGAGCUGGCCAUUUUCACAGUGGGAUUGGCAGUCAUUACCCUCCCCCUUGUGUGUAUCUUGGUCUCUUAUGGCUGCAUUGGGGCCACCAUCCUCAAGGUUCCAUCCACCAAGGGCGUCUGCAAAGCCUUGUCCACAUGUGGCUCCCACCUGUCUGUGGUUUCUCUGUAUUAUGGAACAAUUAUGGGGGUUUAUUUUUCCCCCUUAUCCAGCACCUCCAAUGACAAGGACAUAAUUACCUCUGUGAUGUACACAGUGGUCACCCCAUUGCUGAACCCCUUCAUUUACAGUCUGAGGAACAGGGACAUGAAGAGGGCCCUGGUGAAACUCUUCCACAAGGGAGCAGUCUUGUCUCAAUGAUGUUUUCUCAUCUUUAUAACAGACACAUGGGGUCACUAACCCCAGACCCAACAGGUCUAAUCUUGAGUCCAGCCGGAAU